GUGGAGUAGAAAACGGACUGUCGCCGGAGAGCAAAGGAGAGGAGAGGGGCUCAAAAAAAGAGGGAACGAGAAGCCGGAGCUCCGAGAUGAGGUGGUGUGAGUGUGCGUGAGUGCAGCCCGGGCUGUGUGCGGCGGGUAUCGGACCCGCAGGGAGGACUGGAGUGGGUGUCAUCGCCGGAGGGUCGUGUGGAUGCUGCCCCCCCGGAGGACUGCGCUGGUCGGCUGAACCAUGCUGGACAUGCUGCUGCUGCUGCUGCUGGCUGUGGCGGCGGCUCUGCCCCCGGUGAGGACGGCGAGAUUCUCUCAGGAGCCGGCAGAUCAGUCGGUGGUGCGGGGCCAGAGGGUGAUCCUGUCCUGCGUUGUCUUCAACUACUCCGGCAUUGUUCAGUGGACUAAAGAUGGCCUGGCUCUGGGCAUCGGAGAAGACCUCCGGGCCUGGCCCCGGUACCGUGUUCUACGCGUCCAGGAGCUGGGGCAGUACAACCUGGAGAUCCUGUCGGCGGAUCUAUCCGAUGACUCGCUGUACGAGUGCCAGGCCCCUGACGCCGCGCUGAGGUCCAGGAGGGCCAAGCUCACCGUGCUCAUCCCUCCGGACGACCCCAUGAUCGAUGGCGGUCCUGAGGUCUUGCUGAACGCAGGGGAGUCCUACAACCUGACCUGUGUGUCCCGAGGUGCUAAACCGCCUUCCAUGGUCGAGUGGCUUAAAGACGGUCUACCCAUAGAUGGCGCCGUCAGUACCAAAGAGGUGCUUCCAGACAGGAAGAGGGUGACCACGCGCAGCUACCUUCCCAUCAACCCCAUCGACACGGACACGGGGAGGAACUACAGCUGCGUGGCCACCAACCUGGCUGCCCCCUUGGGCAGAAGCACAACCGUCACCCUCAACGUGCACCAUCGACCGAUGGUGACCUUGUCCAUUGAGCCUCGUUCUGUCCUAGAAGGAGACAGAGUCACCUUCACCUGCCAGGCUCAUGCCAACCCUCCUAUAAUGGGUUACAGGUGGGCUAAGGGAGGCGUGGUGCUGCAGGGCGCCAGGGAGAGCGUGUUCACCACCAAGGCGGACCACUCCUUCUUCACCGAGCCCGUCUCCUGUCUGGUCUUCAACGCCGUGGGGAAGACCAACGUCAGCAUCCUGGUGGACGUUCAGUUCGGUCCCAUCCUGCUGGUGGAGCCGCAGCCCAAGACGGUGGACGUCGACUCCGAUGUCACCCUCAACUGUAAAUGGGCCGGAAACCCUCCGCUCACGCUAACCUGGUUCAAAAAGGGUUCCAACAUGGUUCUGAGUAACAGCAACGAGUUGUAUCUGAAGUCGGUGAGCCAGGCCGAUGCUGGGCAGUAUGUGUGCAAGGCCAUCGUCCCGCGGAUCGGUGUCGGAGAGACCGAGGUCACGCUCACGGUCAACGGCCCGCCCAUCAUUUCCAGUGACCCGGUCCAGUACGCUGUGAGGGGGGAGAGAGGGGAGGUGAAGUGCUACAUCGCCAGCACUCCCCCUCCAGAUAAGAUCGUGUGGGCGUGGAAGGAGAACGUGUGGGAGAAGGAGAAAGGGACGCUGCUGGAGCGGUACACGGUGGAGCAGAGCAAGCCGUCCGCCGAGGGCGGCGGCGUCCUCUCCACGCUCACCAUCAACAACGUGAUGGAGUCCGACUUCCUGUCCACGUACAACUGCACGGCGUGGAACUCCUUCGGCCCGGGAACCAUGAUCAUCUCGCUGGAGGAGACCGAGGAGGUUCCGGUGGGGAUUAUAGCCGGUGGGACGGUGGGCUCUACCAUCCUCCUGUUCAUCUUUCUCCUGGUCCUUGUUCUCAUCUUCUACCGGCAGCGCAAAGGCAGCCGACGCGGGGUCACGCUGGGUAAGCCAGACAUCAAGGUGGAGACGAUAAACAAGGAGACCCACAGCCUGGAGGAGGACUCCGGCAGCAUGUCCACCACGUCCCGCGUGGUCCGGGCCGUGUACUCGUUUCUCCCCUCUGUGUCCUUUUCUCCCUCCAAUCAGCCUUUUAAAGAUGACAUAGAGCUCAAGUCUGACCUCCGCAGUGACACCCUGGAAACCCGCCAGGAGUAUGACCUCAAGGACCCGACCAACGGCUACUACAACGUGCGAGCGUCCACCCACGACGAAGGCCACCCCGGCUCCCGCUCCGCCAUGCACUACUCCGACUACCGCUCCCCCGGGGGAACGCCGGGAGGCGCGGCGUCCAUCAGCAGCAGCACCGGCGGCUCGGGGGCCACGGCCAGCGGGGGAGCCCCGGGUCCCCUCACCUCCCCCGGGCGCCCGCAGGCCUGCUACGACCCGCGGCCGCCCUCCAGACUGUCCCACAUCAGCUACGCCCAGUUCAACACCUUCACCCGCGGGGGCCAGAGCCAGCAGCCCCCGGCCAACCCCGCGCCCCCGCCCGCCGCCGACGGCUUCCCGGCGGACUGCAGCCUCCUGGACUCCACUUCCCAGCUGGCCUACGACAACUACGGCUACCCCUCGCACUACCAGACCUACCGCAUGGGCUUCGCCCCGUCCAGCCUGGCCCCGCUGGAGGCCGGCCCGUCCUACGAGAUGUACGGCGUGGGAUCCGGGGUGGGCAGCCCCGCCGUGGUCCCCGGGGUCCCCGGGGUCCCCGGGGCCCCGGCUCCCUCGGGGUCCGAGACCGGACUGGGGAAAUACGGCAGCUCCACCCGCUUCUCCUACACCUCGCAACACUCUGACUACUCCCACAGCCGGCACACACAGAGAAUGCAGACUCACGUGUGAGGCCCCGGAUGCAGAGCAACCUCCUCACGGCCCCGGCCGAGCACCAGGGGGCAUCUCUUAAAUAGAGUAGAAACACACACGCUCACCGAUACACGUGCACACAUUUCCUCACGGUAACACACACACACACACAAAAAAAAGAACCAUCACAUCACACACACCUGUGCACAAAGAAAAACCAAGCCCGGGAAACCAGGCGGGUUGUGGAAAACACAAAGGCACAGAGAGCAAAAAUAACAAAAUGAAGUAUUAAUAAUCAAAUAAAUAAUGGAGUUGUGGUGAGACAGGGAAGGGAAAUCCCCCACCGGUACGAUUUCCCUCACUCCCGAUGUGUUUGUACAUUUGAGCUCUGAAAGAGCAGACAGCGCAAGUCACAAUCAAGACCCGGGAACGAGAGCAAGGGAUCGCAGGACUGUAGAGCCCGCGACGUUCCGCUCGGGACUGACGUGAAACGGAGAGAGGGAACGUCUCGAGGCAAACUGUGGGAUAUGGUACACGCCGAUCGGAAGAAACCUCAGCCAGUGGAAAUCAGUUCUGGCCGUCAUUCAACGUUCUUUUAUCUGGUCGUCUUCGUCAGUGAUCAUACAUGCACAUAUACAGCAUAUAGUCUCCCAUCAUGCCUGUGUGUGCAGUCGCCGUCGCGCCCGUUCUGCAGGAUCGGGGCGAGAGUCAGGGCCGGGAGGGUCGACAUCUUUUUUGCACUGCGCCUACAGUCUUCAUGCUUUGAUGUCCCUUAUCUAUAUCUCUGUUUCGUCUCCUGUUCAUUUGCACACCAGACUAGAGCUUUGUAUUCUAUUUUUUAACAUUACAGAAUUAUUUUUGUCAGCGUCAAACGUGUAACGUGUUCGUAUACAGACCAAAAGUUUGAGAAGAAGCAUGUAGGUUGAGCGGUUUUUGGCCGAGUGAGUGAAAUCCAAUGAGAUGAGAGCGAAGAGUCGUGCCAAUCAAAGCCCCGAAUCCAGGAUGUGUUUCACAUCGAAACGGUGCAUCGUUGUAUUAAAAAAAAAAAAAAAAAAGAAGUGAAAGAAACCUAGUGCCAAGUGUUCGUGUUGUUCUUCACCUUAGCCCAUGUAUAUGCAGUACAAGCUCCUUCUAGUGGCGGAUGUUGCUUUACAAACCAGGCUCGGAGUCAUUGCCAGACAGCUCUGUUGGCUGGAGCAUUUCUUUUUUCUUUUUUUCUUUCUUUCUCAAAGCUCCCAGCUACACGCCUGGUGCAGACCGAGAGAAAACCACAGACAAUGGAUUUAGAGUGGCCUUAUAGGGGAACGUGUCAUACAUUUUUGAAUCAUUCCUCGUCGUCUAUCCGUCAUGGCCAGAGAAGAAUGUGGAAGAAUGUGUACGGGGAGGUUUAAAGGAGGUUCGUCCACAAUAUUGACAUGUAGUAGAGUAUGACUGUGAGUGUGUGUGGGUGUGUGAGUGAGAGAGAGAGAGAGAGAGAGAGAUCAAGCGGGGGUGUGUUGGCAUUGGCACGCACAUCGAUUUGUACAGUGCGUUUGUAUAUAAGUGUGACUGGCUGCGUGUGGAUGGGAGCAUACUGUAAACACACAGCGCCAAGCUACGUGACUAAUGUCUACGUAUACAGUAUGUGUGUGUGUGUGUGUGUGUGUGUGUGCGUGUGCGUGUGCAUGUCUGUGUCUUAAGUGUGCGGGUGUGUGUGUGUUUCAAUAUAUGUCUAUAUCAUUUCUCUCACAAUCCUGUUACAGUACUUUUAUACCUCUGGUAGGACUGUAUCCUGUAUUACUGUGUCUUUGAAUUUAGAAGAAUCCAAUGUUUAUCUUAUUGUACUGUUCGUAGCAGAGAAAACUGUUCAAAAGAUGUACAAGAAACGUUAUCAAACUCUCAUUUUUUAAUUUCAUUAUCUUCAAUAUUUUUUAAAAAUGGUAUGUAAUUAUUUUUCCACAGUAUUACAUAAAUAAAA